CCUAAGUCCACAAGAUAGAUCUAUACAAAUUUAAGAUCGAUAAACCAUUUUUUUUCCCGUGAAAAUGAUGUUAGAAAAAACAAGGAAAAAUAAUAUAAAGAAUCAACAGAGAAACAUACUGCCUUGCAGAGGCAUCCGAUUCUUCCAGAAUACUUUUCACCAUCGAAGCCUGCAAAUUAAGAUGGCAUAACGUGUUCCAUUUGCUUUCUGCUUUGUCUUUGUUGAAGGGUGCAAGACAAGGUUGCCGGUCGUACUUGAACUCUUCUCUCCUGACAUCAUCAUGCAGUGCCAAAGCAUUGGGAAAGAAGAGGAAUUAGAUUGCCAUUUUGGAUCAUAAUACUUGUUAUUAUGACUUCCAGGAAAUGUUCUCUGCUUGUGGCUGUCUAAUUCUUGUUGUAGAGUAAUUGUUCUGUCCAAUUGCUCUGAGAAGGAGAUGUGGGCAACAAUAAUUGAGUCCCUGCCAAAAGAAAGAGAACAACAAUGGAAAUUGAUGGGCACCCUUGUGAUGGUUUAGCCAAGCUUGGAGAAGACAGAUGCCAAGUAUCUAAUGAGAAGUAAAAGAAAGGAAACAUGCAACUUUCCUGUUUGCUUAACUUCAGAUCAUCUCCAUUUGAAUUACCCAAAACACUUUAGAACAGUUGUUGAUAAAGCUUAUGAGCCUUCGAGGCAAACUUGUGGGUCAUAGUAUGAUGAUGUGGAAUGUGUGUGUCGAUCAUCACAAUAGUUGGUGACUCAUCUGGUCAGCAUUCGAUGACAACAUAAGCUGUAUAUGGUCAAUCUACUUGCCUUCCAUCUGUUUUGAGUUCCUUCCAAGUAUGUUUGCAGCUCAAUCUUAUGUGAUAUCCUUUACCGUCUGAGCUUUUCCAAUGGCGGAUCACAUACUAACUUCGAGCUCAGAUGAGCGCAAGACUCCACUUCUCCCUCUCCAUCAACCUCCACAGAGCUUAAUCCACCCUUUCAGGUCACUUCUCACCUUGAAGAACUUGUUCAUAGUCUCUGGGCCUCUCUCGUGCAUGGUCGUAUUCUUCUUCCUCGAUCUCGGUGGCCGGACUUCGAGCCGCAACAUGCUCGCGGUGCUCUCGUGGGUGUUCUUGUGGUGGAUCAACGAGGCUGUGCCCAUGGCCGUCACGUCCAUGUCGCCGCUCUUCCUCUUCCCUCUCUUCGGACUUGCUUCCUCCAAUGAUGUCGCCAAAUCGUACAUGGACGACAUCAUCGCGCUCGUGCUCGGUAGCUUCAUGCUCGCUUUGGCGGUCGAGCACUACAACAUCCAUCGCCGACUUGCUCUUAACAUAACUUCGCUGUUCUGUGGAGAUCCUCUGAACCCACCACUGCUGCUUCUUGGCAUCUGCGGCACCACUGCGUUUGUGAGCAUGUGGAUGCACAACACCGCGGCGGCAGUCAUGAUGAUGCCAGUAGCCACCGGGAUCCUGCAGAGGUUGCCGGACGGAGAUUCAGCGCAACCCGACGUGAAGAGGUUCUGCAAGGCAGUCGUCCUCGGAGUGAUCUACUCGGCCACGAUUGGGGGGAUGAGCACCUUGACGGGCACAGGGGUCAACCUCAUCUUGGUUGGGAUGUGGGAGAGCUACUUCCCUCAGGAAGAGCAGAUCAGCUUCAGCUCCUGGUUCUUCUUCGGGUUCCCUCUUGCUCUGCUUAUCUUCUUCACCUUGUGGGGUAUCCUCUGCCUCCUGUACUGGUCCAAGAACUCAGGGAAGGCACUUUCUGCUUACCUCGAUCGAAAUCACCUGAGAAGGGAACUUGAAUUGUUAGGCCCGAUGGCAUUCGCCGAGAAGAUGGUCUUAUUUAUAUUCAGUUUGCUUGUAGUGUUGUGGAUGACCAGGAGACUGACAAAUGAUGUUCCUGGGUGGGGUGCUCUGUUCCAUGGGCGUGCUGGUGAUGGAACUGUGCUGAUGGCCACCUUGUUGUUCAUAAUUCCCAACAAGAAGAACCAGGGAGAGAUGCUGAUGGACUGGAACAAGUGCAAGAAGUUGCCAUGGAACAUCAUCCUCCUCGUCGGGACCGGCUUCGCGAUCGCCGACGGCGUCCGGACCAGCGGCCUCACCGAGGUGAUAUCAUCGAACCUCGACUUCCUGCGAGCAGCUCCGUACUUGGCAAUCGCACCCCUCGCUUGCGUAAUCAGCGCGACGAUCACCGAGUUCACGUCCAACAACGCCACCACCACGCUUGUAUUGCCGCUCCUCAUCGAGCUGGCAGAGCCCAUGAAGGUGCACCCUCUGCUGCUCAUGGUGCCGGGAGCCAUUGGCGCACAGUUCGCCUUCUUGCUUCCGACCAGCACUCCAUCGAACGUCGUAGGAUUCACGACCGGGCACAUCAGAAUCAAGGACAUGAUCAGCGCUGGGGCGCCAUUAAAGGUUGCAGGCAUUGCAGCUCUGUCUCUGCUUAUGCCUACGUUAGGUUCAUUUGUUUUCAAGACAAAUAAGCAAGCAUGAACAUUUGUACUGUAAAUAUCUUAUUUAGAUGUUCACAAGAACAAGUGCAUCACAAUUGCGAGGAAUUCAUGCAAAGAAAUGGAGAUGAAUGGCUCUCCUUCACGCUCAUCUUAUGUAUGUCUGCUCUUGUGCAGUUCUACUGACAUGAUGUAGUCCCUUUCCUAAGUAAAAUAACUCAUACAAGCGUCCACGUCUAGACAAAAGGCAGUGUGGCCCAUUAGCACAGAUGACUCGCAUGCUUAUCUGCCACUCAGCAGCUCAGCGUGCAGAGACCAGUCAACAGACUCCAGACUUGAGCUUCCAUUGUUUUGAAUCCAGCAGCUUCCUGGAGGAAGAAGAGAGAUGAGAGAAGCUUCACACAUCCAGACCCAAAGUUUUCCUUUCCUUCCAUUAGGUUGUUCCUGUAUCCUCAUAAUCUAUGAGCUCCACUGAAGAAUCCAGUAUAUAUAUAUAUCCAACUUGCCUCGAACGCAAAUUCUCAUCAAGCUUCUUCUCCCAAGCCAGCUCCUACGACUCCAGAACUCCAUUACGACCCAUCACAAGGCCACCCUUGAGCUGCACACACUCACUCAAGCCGCAGCUUAUCACCAACCUCCUCUUCAUCCUGUGCACGUCCAUAUGUCUCGAGGUCGUACAUGAACGACGUCAUCUCCCUGAUGCUUGGCAGCUUCAUACUGGCGUUGGCUGUUGAACAUUACAUCAUCCACCGUCGGCUGGCCUCGAAUGUGAGUUCCGAGUUCGUCAUGUUCUUCUUCGUUCGUCUAAGCUCCUUGCAUACGAAAUGAAUGAGCACAGGUGACAUUAUUGUUUUGCGGGGAUCCACUGAACCCCCCACUUGUGCUCCUGGGCGUCUGCGCCACGACCACGUUCGUUAGCAUGUGGAUGCAUAACACGGCGGCGGCGGUGAUGAUGAUGCCGGUGGGCACCGGCGUCCUGCAGUGGCUCCCGGAAGGAGACGCUGCGGUAAACCCCGCCGUGAACCAGUUCCGCAAGCUGGUGAUACUGGGAGUGAUUUACUACGCGGUCAUAAGAUGGAUCAGCACGCUGACAGGCACAGAUGUCAAUCUCAUAAUGGUGGGGAUGUGGGCGAGCUCAUUCCCCGUGGAGACCCCAUCAGCUUCAGCACAUGGUUUCUCUUUGGUUUUCCUUGGCAUUGGUGAUCUUCUUCGCCCUAUGGGCUCUGCUUUGCCCUCUUUUAUCUUUCCAUGGAAUCCGACACUCUGCCCUCAGCCUCCUCGUGCCCCCUCUUCGUCGCCAAACGCAGGCAAGGAAGGAGGGGGGGGCGACUCACCCUCGCGGCCAGCGAUGAUGAUGAGAGUCGAUGGGCGGGCGGGGCGCUGACGAGCAGGGCGGCCACGUGUGAGGCGAAGGGGAGUUGCCUGCGGGGUGGAGGCGCGGCUAAGGUUGGGUAAGAACUUCUUAAAAUGACGAGUGCAGAAUCAUCUUUCCAUUGUGGGAAUUUUCAAUGCUCUCCGAGAAAUUUCGGGAAUUCGGCCGCUAAACUUGCUUCAUUGGAUUUCGCCGAAAAGAUGAUCUUGACAGUGUUUUCAGUAAGUGACCAAGCAUUCAUCAGAAUCCUUCACGGAAAUGGCGUAGGAACUGAUACAGCUCGUCUGAAUCCCUGUGCAGCUGCUGGUACUCCUGUGGAUGAUAAAAUGAUUCAGAUGAGGUUGCUAUCUGGAGAUCUCUCUUCCAUGGACAUGUGGGUGAUGGAACAGUCGGUGUAAGCCCCUGUCAUGAUGAAGCAAUCGAGUGUGUAACAGGAAUGGCUAAUCCCAAUCCAUUUCUUCUUCGGUACAGGUGAUGAUGGCUACCGUUUUGUUCAUAAUCCCAAAGCAGAAAGCAAGAGGGGGAGAAACUUUAUA